UUUGCAUAUUUUACUGUAUUCGACCAGCCCAAUGGCGGAGUUGGCUAGGCACCUCGUCAUGUGUAGGCGGCUGUGAUAACGUCAAACAACGAUAUUUCUGAGUGACUUUUGAAAAGCAGUACUGCAAAAUGGUGUUCGAGUCACUGGUUGUUGAUUUAAUCAACAAAUAUCUCGGAGAUUAUGUUGAAAAUCUGGACAGAUCGCAGCUGAAGCUUGGUAUAUGGGGAGGUGAUGCUGUGCUACAGAAUCUGGACUUGAAGGAGAGUGCCCUGGAUGACCUUGACCUCCCGGUAAAGAUAAAGGCGGGACAUAUCGGAAAACUGACGUUGAAGAUUCCCUGGAAGAACUUGUAUACAGAGCCUGUGAUAGCCUCCAUCGAUGGAAUUUAUGCCCUGGCUGUCCCAAACAUUGCGAUUAAGUACAAUGCGGAGAAAGAGGAGAAAGCCAAACAGGAGGCCAAGCAGAGGCGACUGCAGCAGAUUGAGGAAGCUAAACAGAUUGAGGCGGAGAAAAACAAACCCAAGGACCCCAAGAAAGACUCCUUUGCUGAGAAGAUGGCGACCCAGAUUAUAAAGAAUCUCCAAGUACAUGUUAAAAAUAUCCAUGUUCGUUAUGAGGACUCGUACACCAACCCGAAACGUCCGUUUUCGAUUGGAAUCACACUUCAGGAACUUCUGUUCCAGCUUGUCAGACUGGACUCCCUGGCCGUGUACUGGAACAGUAACUCGGAGUGUCUGGACGGUGCAGACAAGGCCCUGAUACUGGUCAGACUGGACUCCCUGGCCGUGUACUGGAACAGUGACUCUAAGUGUCUGGAUGGCACAGACAAGGCCCUGAUACUUGUAUGUCAAGGUCAAACAAUAUAUAAAAGGUCAGACUGGAUUCCUGGUCGUGUACUGGAACAGUGA